AUGUCUUCGGGCUUCCUUCUACCCUCGAGAGCAAAUGGAAAACCUUAUUACGCCUUGCCCGCGUUCUCUGUCAGGCCCAUUGUCCGGUGUGCGACAACGUCUUCCACCAACCCGGAAGAGAACGAAGAUCCCGCCACUGCUGCGAAAAGGAGAGCGGCCGAAGCGAAGUAUAGGCGCCGACGGGAAUUCUGGAUGCGUUUGCGGUUCGAAACUCUGGAUACCAUAUAUCGAAUCACACAUGCAAUACAGUCCCUCGGCUACGUGGCCGUUCUCAUAGGAGGGCUUGGUGUACUCGGCGGAUCCUUUUACUAUCUAUCUUUGGAUAUCGUAGACCAGACUGAAGCAUGGUCCAUCUACGAAGCCACGGCAGCUCUUAUUGCUGACGAUGCACGCGUGCGGGCGCUGGUGGGGGAUGACGCAGAGGUGAUGGCGGACCCCACGGCUGGGAAAGGUCGACGACGAUUGGGGUCGGAUUCACUGAGCCAUAAUGUGAUACAAGAUGCGGAUGGGAAGCUGACGCUUUGUAUGCGGUUUUAUGUUGUGGGGGCAAGAGGGACUGCUUCGGUUCAUGUCGAGCUUGUACCGACAACCGGCGACACAGCAGACGUCUCGGCUGCAUCUCCUGCUUUGAACUCUGGCAGCCGAAAAUGGAGGCAUCAACUGAUCCAAGUCAUUCCGGCAUAUAAGAAAGGACGGACGGUCACUAUCGUUGACACUCGGCCAGUUCAUGUAAUACAGCCCGAGGAGGUGAAGAAGACUGGACUAUUCGGAUUCGCGGCGCGAGCCGCUGGUAGUCGGCGAUCUGCAUAG